AUUAUUCAUUUUCAUCCUCCCUUUUUUAAAUACCUAAGUCCCAUCCAGAUCUCUCUCUCUCCCUCUCGCUGGCCAAAAAGAAAAAAAAAAUCUUGUGAGCACGACGGAAUCCAUCAAACAUUAAAGAAUCUCUCUCCCUCUCUCUCUCUCUCUCUCUCUCUCUCUCCAGAGAAGAGGAAAAAGAGUGUGGCUUUCAUCUUCUUUCGGAUCUUCACAGAUCAAAGCUUGAACCUUUUUCGCCGGAAUAGUCCACCGGUUUCUCCUCCUCCUUCACCCAACGAAGACAAAAGCAACAAAGUUUUACCGGGGAAAAACCCUAAUUUUUGCGGCAGAAAAAAAAGUAUUUCAAUCAUGAGCAGUGUCGAAGAUUCCCUGCGAUCUAUGUCGUUGGAUUACCUGAACCUUCUAAUCAACGGCCAAGCUUUCUCCGACGUUACCUUCAGCGUGGAAGGCCGUCUCGUCCACGCCCACCGCUGCAUCCUCGCCGCAAGGAGCCUCUUCUUCCGCAAGUUCUUCUGCGGGCCCGACCCGCCUCCGCUCGAUCCGUCGGGAAUGACCCGACCCGGAUCCGGACCCGCCAGCCCGACCCGAACCGUCGGUGUGAUACCCGUGAACUCGGUGGGGUACGAGGUGUUCCUGCUUCUGCUUCAGUUUCUGUACAGCGGACAGGUGUCGAUCGUGCCGCAGAAGCACGAGCCGAGGCCGAAUUGCGGGGAGAGAGGGUGUUGGCACACGCAUUGCACCUCUGCCGUCGAUCUCGCCCUCGACACUCUCUCCGCCGCUCGUUACUUCGGCGUCGAACAGCUCGCCUUGCUCACUCAGAAACAAUUAGCAAGCAUGGUGGAGAAGGCCUCCAUUGAAGAUGUGAUGAAAGUGCUUGUAGCUUCAAGGAAGCAUGAUAUGCAUCAGCUAUGGGUCACCUGCUCUCACUUGGUCGCUAAAUCCGGCCUGCCUCCCGAAGUAUUGGCCAAGCAUCUUCCCAUCGACGUCGUCGCCAAGAUCGAGGAGAUUCGGCUAAAUUCUUCAAUGGGCCGGCGGUCCCUAAUGGCUAACCACCACCAUGACCUCUCCGCCACGCUAGACCUUGAGGACCAGAAGAUAAGGAGGAUGAGACGUGCAUUGGACUCAUCCGACGUCGAGCUCGUGAAACUGAUGGUGAUGGGCGAAGGGCUCAACCUGGACGAGUCGCUGGCUCUGCAUUACGCGGUGGAGAAUUGUAGCAGGGAAGUGGUCAAGGCCCUGCUCGAGCUAGGAGCCGCGGAAGUGAACUACCCGGCUGGACCCGCGGGUAAAACGCCUCUACACAUGGCGGCCGAGAUGGGUUUCCCCGACAUGGUGGCUGUCCUCCUCGACCACCAUGCAAACCCUAAUGUCCGGACGGUGGACGGUGGUAUAACGCCUCUAGACAUUCUAAGAGCCCUAACGUCGGAUUUCUUGUUCAAGGGGGCAGUUCCGGGAUUGACCCACAUUGAGCCGAACAAGCUCAGGCUUUGCCUCGAGUUGGUCCAGUCAGCAGCAAUGGUGAUUUCACGGGAAGAAGGGAAGAAUAACGAUACUAAUCCCGGUAUUUACCCGCCUAUGAACGACGAGCAUACAAGCGGUAGCAGCGGAGGUAGCAGCGGUCUUGGAAACUUGGUCCAUUUGGAUUCAAGAUUGGUUUAUCUCAAUCUCGGAGCUGCCAACUCCGGUCAGGUGGGUUCGAGUCAUGAUCACGAGGAAGAUCAUAGCAGUAGCCAGAGCAGGCAUCACCAUGAUCCAUCCAUGUAUCAUCAUCAUCAUCAUCAUCACUUCUAAGUCUCUAUUUUUUGCAUAUGGAGAUGUGGACAUGCAUAUAUCUGCAAACAAAACAUGCCAUGGGACAUGGGAGGUGAAUUAGAAAUGGCACGGUGGAGGAGUGCAAUACAAAGAGAGGUUAAAUGAAACAGGGUUAUGUUUAAUUAUAAUCCGAUUUUAGUCAUUAUUAUUUUCGCCAUAUAAUUCGAUCAUUUUGCAUUUCCUUCAACAUUUUUUUUUUGUUUUAAGGAUCAGAAAAUUGUAGAAGCGAAGGAGAAAAAGACCCGGGAGUUAUAUAAGGGGCAAUCUGUUUAUCAGUCUUAAUUAUAUAUGAUCACAAAUUGGAUACAGAGAUUUGAUAAUA